AUGCACACUCAAUACCCGGAUCAAUCAAAGAUCCUCACAAACCAACGAGUUGCCGCAAUUCGUCCAGUAGGAAGCCGCGUCAACGUGAUAACCGAAACCGGUGUGACGUAUACGGGUGACUUAGUGGUAGGCGCCGAUGGCGUCCAUAGCAAGGUGCGCUCAGAGAUGUGGAGGAUAGCAGAUACGGUCCGGCCUGGGUGGGUUACCGAGCUUGAGAAGAGUAGACUGGAAGUGGCAGAUCAAGUCAAUGCGUUUCAUGACAACCUCACCUUUAUUAUCCUUGUUGGGAAGAAUAAGCGUGCUUUUUGGUUCGUCUUGAAAAAGAUGGAUCAAAGAUACACUUAUCCCGACAACCCCCGCUUCAGUGCGGAGUACACGGCGCAAACCUGUGAGAAACUGGCUCAUCUCCACCUGACGAAAGAUCUUACCUUCCGUCAGGUAUGGGACUCCCGAGUGCUUGCUGCUAUGACGCCGUUAGAGGAAAACAUCUUCCAGACCUGGUACCUUAACCGCAUUGUUUGUAUUGGCGAUAGUGUUCAUAAGAUGACACCCAACAUUGGACAAGGAGCCAAUAUGGCAAUGGAAGAUGCAGUAGUCCUGGCAAAUUGUCUGCACGCAGCUCUACUCCGGACAAGACGACAGAGACUCUCGGAUUCGGAAGUGCAGGUACUCCUUCAGGAGUUCUAUUCCAAACGCUAUAGCCGUGCUAAGAGCAUCUAUACCGCUUCACGAUAUAUGACUCGUUUCCAAGCACGAGAUGGGUGUCUGAAUAGGGUGCUUGGGCGAUAUAUCGUUCCUCUUCUGGCGGAUGUUCCGGCACGCGUAGGAACCACGACUAUUCGGGGUAGUCCCGCAAUCAAUUUUCUACCGUUGCCAGAAAGGGACGGGCCUGGAUGGAAGAUGAACAAGACUAGUGUAGGGUAUCAUCAUGCCAUGUUGUUCACUCUUUUGCUGGCGGUUGCUAUUUACUGGUACCGGGGUGUAUGA